AUGGUUGAAUACGUAAAAAGAAUUGUUAGAGUCAAAACGCAUCAAGAAAUUAUACCUGAUGAACCAUAUGUCCAAGGUUUCCCCGUUCACAAAUGGUCAAUUGAAGUUUGUCUGCUAGAUUCAGAUGGAAAUGAGAUACCUGCUAAUAUUUUUGACAAAGUCGUAUAUCAUUUACACCCAACGUUUGCUAGUCCAAAUAGAACCUUUAAGAAACCACCAUUUAAAAUUGAAGAACAAGGCUGGGGUGGAUUUGAAAUGUCUAUUUCCGGGUUUUUGUUGGAGAAAGGUGGUGAAAGAAAAAUGAAACAUGAUUUACAUUUUGCUGAAAAUAACUAUUCUGUAGAACAUACUAUCCAAGUUCCUAUUAAUAAACCAAAAUUAGCUCAAGCUCUUCUUGAAAGUGGUCCAGUUCCAGGUUAUACAUCAGAUGGGCAGCAUAUAACAGGCAUUAGUAAUACUGAAGCAACAACAAGUAUUCCAAAUGCCGCUACUAAUAACACCACGGCUAGUGCUGAUGCAGAUCCGGAUACCGCCAAUGUAAAUACCACAAGUGCCACGACAACUGCGGCUGUAGCACCAGGCACUCCUAAGACAUCGUUAGAUGCCACCAUAACUAACCCAACCAGUAAUGGCACCGAUGCUAAACGAAAAUCUGGCUCUCCUGAUGGGAAAGUGACAAAAAAAUCCAAACUUUCUCAUAAUAUGAAGGGUUCAGUGGAUCUAGAUAAAUUGGCUUUAGGUUUAACUAAACUAAAUGAAGAUGAUUUAGUUGGUGUUGUGCAAAUGAUUACUGAUAAUCGUACUUCAGAGAUGAAUAUUAAGAAUAAUGUGGAGGAAGGUGAGUUCAUAAUGGAUUUAUUCAGUUUACCAGAGACUUUGUUAAAAAGUUUAUGGGAAUAUGUUAGAAAGAAUUUAGAGCAAUAG